CUUCAUUCGCUCGCUCUCUCCUCUCCGAAGGCGGCGACCACCGAAAGGGCGAAACGAAACCCUUCUCCGUUACUUUUAGCCGAGACGGCGGUCUUCUCUCCUUUAUCAUCGCCUCUUUUCUCGCGCUCUCCUCUCCAAGGCGGCGACGGCCGACAGGGCGAAACGAAACCCUUCUCCGUUUCUUGAAGCCGAGACGGGGGUCGGCGCAUUCGAUUUUUCGAUUGAUCCAUCCCUUCCGCCAUGGGGGACUACAAUGAUCCGUUCAACCGCAACAACCCUGCCGUGCAGGCCCGCACCAAGGCCCAGAAUCGUGCCAACGUUCUCCAGUUGAAGCUCAUUGGGCAGAGUCAUCCAACUGGACUUACCAACAAUCUACUGAAGCUUUUUGAACCUCGUCCUCCAUUGUUGUAUAAACCUCCUCUUGAGAAAAGGAAAUGCCCCCCAUAUACAGGGAUGGCACAAUUUGUGAGCCACUUUGCUGAACCCAAUGAUCCUGAAUAUGCUCCACCUGUCAUUGAGGGAGAAACCCCGACACAAAGAAGGGCUAGGAUCCGGAAGCUUCGACUUGAAGAGGGUGCAAGGAAGGCUGCUGAGGAAUUGGAGAAAUAUGAUCCAUCUAAAGAUCCUCACGUUACUGGAGAUCCGUAUAAGACUUUAUUUGUUGCGAGGCUUAACUAUGAAACCACUGAACACAGAAUCAAAAGGGAGUUGGAAACUUAUGGGCCAAUUAAGCGGGUGAGAUUAAUUACUGACAAGGUGACAAAUAAACCUAGAGGUUAUGCCUUUAUCGAGUAUAUGCAUACACGAGAUAUGAAAACGGCAUACAAGCAAGCUGAUGGUCGAAAGCUGGAUAAUAGAAGGGUGCUUGUGGAUGUCGAGCGUGGCAGAACUGUUCCAAAUUGGCGACCUCGAAGAUUGGGUGGUGGACUUGGAUCAACCAGGAUUGGAGGUGAAGAAGUAAAUCAAAAACAUUCUGGAAGGGAGCAACAGCAAAUUGCUGCGGGACACUCAAGGUCAGAGGAGCCGAGGGCUCGAGAUGAUCGGCAACUAGACCGGGAGAAAUCACGAGAAAGAGGAAGAGAUAGAGAGCGAGAAGUGGAAAGGCCUCGUGAUCGUUCUCGUGAAAGAACACGAGAUCGAGAUCCAAGGGAAGAAAGGCACCACCACCAUAGGGACCGCGAUAGGAAUCGAGAAAAGGAAAGGGAAAGAGAUCGUGGGCGGGAACGUGAUCGGGGUCGAGGCAGAGACAAGGAUAGAGACCGUGGUCAUGAGUAUGAUCGCGAGCGUGAACGUGAUCGUACACGGGAUAGGGACAGGGAGCGUGAACGAGAUUACGAUCAUGCUAGCCAUGAAAGAGAGAGCGGAUACUCUCUUGAUAAGGAUUCUGAGCAUGGGCGUAGUGAGUCUAAGCAAGGCAGGGAGAGGACUGAAGCAAAGGAGAGAGAUCUUGAACAUGAUGAUUAUGGGCAGGGAUGGUACAAUGAACGAAGCAAGCAUGGGCAUGAACGCGACUACAAACAAUUUGAUCAAUCACAGCAGUACGAUCGAGUUCAGCACCAAGGUGUUGUUGAACCCGAGCAUGAGCAGGAGAGGCCAAGCCGACAUGAAGGCGAUUAUUAUGAUCGCGCUCCUUAUGACAAGGGUCAGGCUGGUGAUUACCACCAUCAAUAUGGGUAUGCAGAUUAUGAGGCACGUGAAGAGGGGGAGGCAGUGGGAGAUGAUUAUGGAUACCAUCGUUCAGAGCGAUCUCUCUCCCGGGAGUAUGAGAACUGAUAGCUGGAUGCCGAUGGUUUCACUGUUUUUUGCCCAUCAAUAUCUGUUGUCAAGGAGUGUGGACGUUCGAUGGAUGGAUCCUUCUGGACCCGGAGGUAGAAUCAUAUAAUUUACUGCCUGUGGUGGUUGUCUAGUGGUGCUUGUUAGAUGCAGCAUCGACGAACUUGGACUAAAGUUUUUUUUUGUUUUGUUUUGUUUUGGGGAACCCUUGUGUACUUAUGCAUCUCUGCUAUUGCUGUGUGGUAAUCUAAAGUUUGGACUAUUUGGAAAAUAAUUAGCUGCACACGAAUGUGAAAAAGCCGUCAUUAUAA